GCGUCGUCCUCACCGUUGUUUUCAUAAGCUGUUUGAACCGGAGAUCGAAAACGUCAGACGAAAUCCAAGUCGUCUCUUUCUUUUUUAUUCCUAGAAUACAGCUUUACGCUUCUCUUCAAUAUAUAUUUUUCGAGAUGUCCUCAUCAGCCUCUCGUGCAUGGCAGCGGAGACCGUCGGUGGCGGUUUUCUUCGUCGUCGUCGUUCUCACGCUCGGCCUCUGCUGCAGCGCCGUGGCCAGCGUGGCGGCCCUGCCCGAGGGUCCGCGCAUGAGCCCCAUCGUGCAGUGCGACGCCGACUUCCGUGAGAUCUGCGAUGAUGCUCAGUCGGCACGGGGGUUGUGGGGGUGCAUGAUGAAGAAUGUGGACCUGAUCACCAAUGAUGUGUGCAGGGAGUACGUGAGGGGCUUCCGUGCCUGCACGCGUGACGCGGAGAAGAAGGGUAGCUGCGUGUACCCCGCAGCUGACUACGCCACGUCCGUGCGCCGAUGUCUGCGCAGCACACCGGAGUCGAGCAUCUCGGAAGAGUGUUUGAACUCACGCUUUUACUUUCCCAUUGCGGAGGUGCGCAAUGCGAAGUGGUAG